ACUGUCGUGGAUGUGAACUGAAACUGACAUUUAGUUGUGUUGGACUGGUUUACUGUCUAUGGGUUGGAUUGGGUUCUUGCUUAUCGAAUGAUUGUGGAAUAACUUGAAUGAGUUUCAAUUAUUUUCUUCAACCUGUCAUUGGAGAAAGGUUUCGCCAUAUUGUCGGAAACGUGUGCAGUAAGGGCAAGUAGCCAUAGCCAUCUUGAUCUAACCUGCAGUUUGUUGCUCGCAGUAGCCUACUUUAGUAGCCUCCUGUAACGUCAACUGGGAGAUGCAAUGAGCUUACUUAACAACAGGAAACAACAACCUCUAACCUACUGCUUACUUUCAUGAGAAAGUUAAGUAAAAGCAGGCCAUGCUGACUUAAACGGUCAAUGAUGUUACUGAUGCACGGCUGGCCUACACAAUUUCUUCUUGAAUAGGCCUAAGAAGCUUUUCACCCAUGCUACAAGUGGCGGAAUGGCUCAAGACAUAGUUAGAUAGCAGGCUGUCUGUUCUCUGAUAAAGAGUAAAAUGGAAUCUAAGACUGUUUUGGUCACCGGAGGUGCUGGCUUUAUCGGGUCUCAUCUAAUUAUCUCCCUAAAAGUGCAGUACCCAGAAUGGAAGAUCAUCAACUUGGACAAGUUGGAGUACUGCUCGAGUUUACAGAAUCUUGUGAUGACUGAUGACAACUACAGAUUUAUUGAGGGGGAUAUUUGUGACCAGCACCUCAUCAACCAUCUGUUUGCUACUGAAAAUAUUGACAUUGUCUUUCAUUUUGCUGCUGAAACUCAUGUGGAGAACUCUUUCCUGUUUCCAUCCAAAUUUAUGUCUGUGAAUGCGGAGGGGACCCGUGUGUUACUGUCGGCUGCGCUGAACUCCGGCAUUGAGAGAUUCAUUUACGUGAGCACGGACGAGGUUUAUGGAACCAGCAGGGAUGAGGCCUUUGAUGAAUCAUGUCUUAAAAGACCAACAAAUCCCUAUGCUACAUCCAAAGCUGCAGCAGAAAACAUUGUGUUGUCGUUUUGGGAAAAUUACCAUUUGCCCAUCAUCAUAACAAGGAGCAACAAUAUUUAUGGACCACGACAGCAUUAUGAAAAGGUUAUCCCAAGGUUCAUAUCCCUCCUCUCUGAAGACAAAAAAUGCACAAUUCAAGGUUCAGGCCUCCAGUCACGCCAUUUUCUGUUCGUGGAGGAUGUCAUAGAGGCCUUCCUGACUGUGAUGGAGCAAGGCAUCUUGGGAGAGAUUUACAACAUUGGGACCAAUUUUGAGAUUCCUGUCAUACAACUGGCCAGAGAACUCGUGAGGAUGAUGAAACACUCUUCAGAUGGUGAGCUUGAUGAUUGGCUGUUGUUUGUGAAGGACAGGCCACACAAUGACUUGAGGUACCCCAUCAGCUCAGAGAAGCUGCACAAACUCGGAUGGAAGCCCAAGGUGUCUUGGAGGGAAGGAAUCUGCAGGACAAUCCAGUGGUAUGAAGCCAACCCCGAUAUGUGGCCAACAUCGCAGAGUUUCCAGACCACUCUGCAGAAUUCAUCUCAGACCAGUGUGCUGAAUUUAAAGACACUCUAGGACCAUGCAAAUCAAAGAAAUGGGAACGAAUGUAGCAAAAAACAAAUCUUGAUAUCUUGAAACAUUUCUUCAGCAAAUCAAGAAUGAAUAUAACAUAUAGGUUAUGAGGUUUUGUGCUUAGGAGACCAGAUAGAACUGUGCCAAGCUGUCCAAAAUGUUUUUUACUGUCCAAAACCUUUUGUACUCUUCUACUGAUUUUUUUUUUAAAUUUAAAAAACUCUAUUCAGUCUUGUCUUUUGCUCUUAGUGUUCUCUUAAUGCAAUAAAAUGUAACCAAAAAUAGUGCUCAUCAUUCAUUUUCUUCACAAACCUCUAAGGCUAUGAGGCAUGA